AUGGUUGGUGUGAUCAAGCGCGUGAUGGAACGGUACAAAACAGUUAAAUCGGUUGUUAGGGAAUUAGCGACUGUAGGGUGUGUUAUAAAAUCUCAGACAUUUUUGCUCUUGCUGAGGAUUUAUUGGCGUGGCAGAAUGUAUGAGAUGGUCUUUGAGACAAUUGAGCAAAUGGGUGCUUAUGGUUUUACUCCGAACACGUUUGUGCGUAAUGUAAUCAUUGAUGUAUCGUUCAAAAUUGGGCGUGGUGAUUUAGCUUUUAAGUCUCUGAAAGAGACCCAAGUGCCAAAUUUUUUGACUUUUAAUAUUGUGCUGUGUAAUUUAUGUAAGUUCAAUGAUUUGUUCCAUAUUGGAGAUGUGUUGAGAAUGAUGUUGCGGUGGGGGUAUCAUCCAAAAGUUGAGACAUUUGAGAUGCUUUUGAACUGUUUUUGCAAAAUGGGUAAUAUAGUGGAGGCGCAUCAAGUUUUGGGUCUAAUGAUUACUUUGGGCCUCUCUAUGUCUGUAAAUGUUUGGAGUAUGUUAAUCCAUGGGUUUUGUCGAUUGCAGAGACUUGAUGUUGCUGGUAAAUUAUUGGAAAAGAUGGUUGAGACUGGUUCUUCUCCUAAUAUUGUAACGUACACAACUUUAAUCAGAGGAUUUUUAAAGUCUCACAUGGUUGGCGAUGCAUUCAACGUUUUAAGUAUUAUGGAAUCUAAAGGAGAUGCCCCUGAUCUGGUUCUUUGUAAUGUGUUAAUAGACUCCCUCACCAAGGUUGGGAGGUACGAUGAUGCUAUUGAUGUUUUUGUUGGCAUGCGAUCACGAAAAUUGUCUCCCGAUUCGUAUACAUUCUGUUCAUUGUUAUCCGCCAUAUGUUCUUCUAGGAGGUUUUCUCUGUUCCCCAAGUUGGUUUGCGGACAUGACAUAGAAGCUGACUUAUUAGUAUGUAACUCACUUCUCAGUUAUUUCUGUAAGUCGGGGUUUCCAGCUCUGGCUGUGAAGUUUUAUAAGGUUAUGCUCGAUAGAGGUUUUACAGCAGAUAAGUAUACGUUUGUUGGAUUAUUAAAUGGACUAUGUAAAGCUAGAAGAGUUGACCAAGCAGUUGAUGUGUACCAUGGGAUUGUCAUGAAUUACCCUGGUCAGGAUGCUCAUAUUCAUACUGUUCUUAUAGAUGGGCUUAUAAAGGUUCGUAAAUUUGAUAGAGCCAUUGGCAUAUUUAAGAAAGUAGUUGCAGAGAGAUAUGCACUUGAUGUUGUAGCUUAUGCAGUUACCAUUCGUGGACUUUUUAUGGGUGGUAGAACUGAAGAGGCUUGUUCACUUUAUCGCCAAAUGAAGGAGGUUGGUUUGACUCCUAAUGAAUAUACUUACAAUGUAAUGGUCUCUGGCUUUGUUAAAGAAAGAGAUCUUAAUAUGGUUAAUUUAAUGCUACAAGAGAUGAUUGAAGCAAAAGUACGACUGAGCUACAAUACUGUCUUGAGAUUAUCAAAAUUUCUUUGUAGAUCAUAUCAUUUGAUUUCAGUUAUUGACCUGUGGAUUGAGAUGAGAAAUUUGGGUUUGAUAUCUGCUGAGGUAAUGCAUGAAUUACUUCCCGAUGAAGUUGUUGAAGGUGUGAAAGGAGAUGAUGGUCACAUUACAUUUUCGGAUGCUUAUUCAGAAACUGAUCUACAUGUGGAGACAUCUGGCUCUGAAGACUUCUGUGAUGUGGCUGCUUCGAUAGGUUGA